CUCCUCUGCCAGCAUCGCCCAGCUCUGGGAGAUUCUAGAGCUCUAUUGCUAGAUAUUUGUCUGAGCACUGAAUGGUCUGAACUGAAGGCUGGCUCUAACUCCAGGAUUAGGGAUGUCUUUCUCUGCCUCUGCCUGUCACAUCUGUCCAGGGCAGAGCUAUUGAAAGCCUGCUGGCCCCCACCCCCCCGCCGGCCUCUCCCCCAGCUGGGCAUGUGCUGCUGGUCCUCAUUCUGAGUGGGAGGAGUUCCUGUUGCCAUGGUGAACUGACUGAAGGGGCUCUCACAUGGUAACGGUUGCUGCUGCUGUUUUUUUCUCUUCAUGUCUCAGUGCUACUGUCGACUGAGGCACUCUACCCUGAGACCAUCUUUGGCAUGUGGUGCACAUCAAGUUUCCCAUCUUCUACCUCUGGAUUCUUUGGGGAUUUAAAGUACAGUAGUUAGUGUUGGGUAUAUCCCUUCCUUGAUGUUUGGAGAGAUGUUAUGGUCUACCAAACUCUCACUGGUCAACAUCCACGUGCGGCUGGCGGCCAAGGGUUUACUCAGGAACCUGCAGCAGCUGUCAGGAUGCAGGAAGAACACCGGCGUGUUCUACACAGUGGACAAGAACAGACAGAGGGCGACACCACGGAGCCAGCCACAGCCUCAACAGCAGUCACCAGCGCCACUGCCGCCCCAGAGGGAUGGGCAUCCAGACCUGGUGCUGGCGGAGGGCAGGGCGGGGGGCAUGGAGAGCUACCGGGCACCGUGUGAGAGGAAGAACCAGAGCCUCCAGCAGCUCCAGGGACUCCUGGUUGCAAGUAACUGCAAAUUUGAGGCCAUUGUGGUGGUGCUGCAGCAGACCCUGGCAGAGCAUGAUGAGGUCAUUAAGCAGCGCAGGGACCUGUCCCAGGAACUGAUGACCUUGAAGGGAGAGCUCGUGAACUCGGCCCGCUCGUGUGAGUUGUUGGAGCGGGAGAAGGAUGAGGUGUGUGGGGCAUUGGAGGGCGUGCUACAGACAAUGCAGGAGCAGCACCACACAGAGCUGGCCCAGCUGGACGAGAGGCUCAGGGUGUUCUACCAGGCCGAGUGGGACAAUAUCCACCUGACCUACCAGGAGGAGGCAGACCGGUGCAAGGCCCUCAUGGAGCAGCAGAUGACGGAGUUGAGAGCCAGCCACGAGGCUGUGACGUUAGAGCUGGAGGCCAGCCACUCUGAACAGAUCCAAGCGGUUAAACAGCAGUAUGAAGAAUCUCUAAAAGAGUUCCGUCAAGCUCAUGAGCGGGAGCUGCAGACAUUGGACAAAAAACUGAAGGAGGCUGGAGCCACUUUAUCUAUUCAGAUUCAGGAGCUCACCGAGGAGAACACAACCCUGAACCACAGGAUAAAGGCAGAGGAGGACCAGAGAAGGGAGCUGGCUGAGAGAAGUCAGGACUCCCACACCCUGUAUCUGGAACAGGAACUGGAGAGCCUCAAAGUAGUGCUGGAUAUCAAGAACAAACAGCUGCACCAACAGGACCACAAACUGAUGCAGAUGGACAAACUGACGGAGAAAAGCGUUAAGCUGGACGAAUGCCUUAAAAAAGUCCAGCAGGAGAAUGAGGAUCUGAAAGCCCGCAUGGACAGACAUGCUGCUCUGUCGAGACAACUGUCCACAGAGCAGGCGGUGCUGCAGGACUCUCUCCACAAGGAAUCAAAGGUGAACAAGCGUCUGUCUAUGGAGAAUGAGGAGCUCAUCUGGAAGUUGCACAACGGGGACCCGAGCAGCCCCCUCAAGAUGUCCCCCACCUCCCCCUCCCACCAUUCCCUCGGCCUCCAAUCACCUCGCAGCUCUGCAGUCUUCACCAGCCCCAUCAAAUCACCUCGCAGCUCUGCCGUCUUCUCCAGCCCUCCCGUCUCACCCAGAUAACAGCAGCCCACCGCUUCCGGGAUGCAGACUCUCUUUCUCUCCUCUGAUUGGACUGGGUCCAGGAAGCAGCCUCUCUCGCUCCUUUCUGUUUGGACCGAGUCAUCCCUCCGUACUUAAGAGCUAUAUUAGCUGACCGGGAUUGAUGCAUGUCAUCCAGAGAUGGCUACAAUAUCCCUGAAUGGCUCUACUUUCUGUUGACACACUUACUACAGAUCAAUGACUCUAUGAGAAAAGACUGUUGCACAGAAGCACUUACUGAGUGAGACCGCCUCUUGUUCUCUCUGCCUUGUCUGUUAUUAUAGGACAUCUGCCAUAGGGUUAGGGUUAUUAUAGGACAUCAGAGGGUUAGUGUUAUUAUAGGACAUCAGAGGGUUAUUAUAGGACAUCAGAGGGUUAUUAUAGGACAUCAGAGGGUUAUUAUAGGACAUCUGCCAUAGGGUUAGGGUUAUUAUAGGACAGAGGGUUAGGGUUAUUAUAGGACAUCUCAGGACUAUAUAAUGAGACACUAUUUUUGUUACUCUUUCUCGUGGUCAGCAAAAGCGUGUUGCUGGUUUUCCCUCUGAAGACACACACCAGUGCUAUGGGAAGGAGUGCUGUGGUGCUGGUGACCAAAGGCAGACCUGUGUGUUGACUGACUGGGAAUAUGCUCUGCUCUGCUCCUGUCUGUCAUAAUAUUGCUAUGAGAAUCAGCACGGCUAGGAAUCCAAAAAUAACAUUGAAUCUCCUCCUUUGAUUUGAAAAUCAAACAUGAAUCCUGUAAUCUGUAUAUUAAUUGAUGAAAAUUAGGUAAACAUAAACCCUUGUACAACACAUACUACUCAAUACCAUUGUGUUCACUCAUAGAUCAUUCAUGAAAGCUUUCACUGCAGGAACGUCGCUUUCAGUGAUGCAUGCACCACAAGCUACAUGCAAUUAUCUUCAUAAAUUGGAUAUUAGCAAUCAUUUCCUGUGUUUUUAAAAGGUUAAUGGCGUUUCCAUGGUAAUUAAUGAGCGUCCUGCGCUUCCCGAACUACUUUUUUUUCUGUUAUUACCCGUCUACAGGUUAUAUAGACCUCUAACUGUUCCGUUUGGUUUCCUGACGGCUCAAAGCUGUGUUUUUAAUGUUGCUUGGUUUGUUUGACCAUGGGACCAAUUCAAAUAAAUGUUUGUGCAUGUUUGACGACCUGUUAUCUAGCACCCCUCCCUCAUGCAAUCCUCCUACUACAGCUUUAAAAUGGGGGGUCUUUACAAAGACGUCACUAAGGUUAAAAUGCGAAGAGAAGCUAAGCGUGAUGGACGUGUCUUGGAUAUGUCACAAAUUAGUACCUGUUUGGAUGUGGAGAUUACUGGUGUUGAAAAAAACUGUUUAAUAUAUGCAAUUAAUAAAGUCCUAUUAUGAAAUCUAAA